AUGGACGAGGACUACAAAUUGGCAAAAAUGGCCUUUGUGGCUGACCUCCAGGGCACUAGCGCACGCGAAGUUUUCCUUGUUUUUGCUAUCUCUCCAGGAUGUUUAUGGCUCUACUCGGAGCUUAUGUUGUUGCUGGAAGUCAUGGGUAUUCGACAAGUUGGUGCUGGUAAUCCAAACGUGGUGGUGACUAUCUUGCUAGAGUUCGUCGUGACCGUCGUGCCAAUGAUGAUCGGUUUUAGCUUCACUCAGUAUGCAGCGCCACUUCUUAUGAUGGUGUAUAGCAUGGCAGUGAUGCUCUGCGCGUUGUCAUGGUUCCAUGCCAAGGAGUACAUUCACAAACACUGCAGAAAGGAAAAGAUGAACCAGCUACUUGAAAAGGAGCUGCCGUUCCUGACCAACUUUCGCGCUCAAAUCAUGCUCUCUACGUGUUUUGCGAUCCUGGCGGUUGACUUCACAGUUUUCCCUCGUCGCUUUGCUAAGACAGAAAACUAUGGUUUUAGUGUCAUGGACAUCGGAGUAGGAGCAUUUAUCGUUUCAUCGGCAAUUGUGUCGGCGCCAGCUCGUGAAGCACGUCCUAGUGUUAUCACGACGAGAGUUCACUCCGAGCACAAGUCCGCACAAACCUUUAUGAUGAGAUGCUACGCAUUCUUUCGGCCAAUUGCGCUUGUCCUUAUCUUCGGAGUAGCAAGGUUUCUGACUAUAAAGGGUGUCAACUACCAGGAGCACGUGUCUGAGUACGGAGUGCACUGGAACUUCUACUUUACCCUCGCGGGUGUGUACCUAGUGUACUGUCUCCUUCGUGCUAUUGGCAAAUGGACAACGAGCCCUGUGGUGGCCCUUGGAAUCGCUAUUGGCUAUCAAAUGUAUUUAUCUCAGUAUGGUGGUGAAGAGUACAUGCUAAAUGCACCGCGGGAUAAUUUGAUGAACCAGAAUCGUGAAGGAAUUCUUAGUUUAGCUGGUUACACUUCACUGUACAUGCUUUCCAUCUAUGCGGGCCGAAACAUAUUCGGCUACAUUGACACCAACGGAGCGAAAGCUCAGCGCAACAUGAGGUGGCUCGUUGCCGCGCUGCUUGCUCUCACCGUGAUGUUGUGGCUGUCAACGUAUCUGUCUGUUCGACUGGUUGCACGUCCGUCGCGUCGAAUGCUAAAUCUGUCAUAUCUAUUGUGGGUCAUGGCCGAGUCCGUGUUUUUGCUGGCGAUAUACUGUGUCAUCCAAACUGUCUGUAUGCUGCCAAGAGUUCCACUACUGUUUCAAGGUAUCAACCAGAACCAGCUCUUCAUCUUUAUCGUGGCCAAUCUGAUGACGGGCGCUGUCAAUCUGAGCAUGCACACUAUCAACGCAAGUCCUGUCAUUGCUUCUACGGUGCUACUGUUUUACAUGUUGGCGAUCUGUGUCCUUGCCUCGGUACUUCAGCAGGCUCACAUUCGCAUUAAACUCUAA